CUGGUCACAAAAGAGCGGUAUAAAACACAAUACACAUUGUUUAACGAAUAACUUUUUGAAACACCCAACAACAAACGUAAUAUCCGGCAAAGAGCAGCAUCCCAAGCCACUGUAGCUCCAUGGACGCCGCCACAUCCCUAGCGGAUCCCGCGCUGGCGGCCAUGAACAAGCUGAACAAGGGCUCCAAGUGCCGAGCAUGUCUUUCGGUGGACCGGAAAACCGUGCAGCUCAGCGCCGAGAUCCCCAAUCUGCAGAAGUCGCGCACCUACGCGCAGUGCCUGAAGCAGUGCACCCACCUGGACCUGCGGGUCAUCAGUCCCGGCGGCUACCUGUGGCCCAUGCAGAUUUGCGUGCGCUGCUGUCGCGCCUUGGAGGUGGCCAUGCACUUCGUGGAGAUGGCCCUGGAAUCGAAUCUCAAGCUCUAUGCGGAGGCCAAGAGCGUCAAGCUGCCCAGUCCCGCGAGCGAACUCAAGAGGAAGGCCAGCACCGAGACGCUGCACUGGAAUCAGUUCAGCCAGGAAUUCGAGCAGUUCGUCGAGGGCUACGAGGGAGUCCCGGGGCCCAUUGAGGAGAAUGUGCUCUACAUGCGGGGCGCCAAGGUGCCUCGACUGGAUGCCGACGCUUCGAGCAGCAAGAAGGUGCCCAAGGAAGACGAGGUGAUCCUUUUCGAUGUCAAGUACGACACCAACGAUCUGGAGGAGGAGGACGAGAACGACGGCUCGGAUGCCAAGAACAACGAGACCUUCUUCGAGAGCAGUAUUACAUCUGGAGAUGCGCCUGCUGCCACAUCGGUGGGCGGAGGAAGUGGCGAGAAUAAUAACAAUUAUAAUUUCAAUAACAAGAACGGCGACAUGUCGGAUGUGGAGUGCGAUCUUAUACAACGUGCUCUAUAUAUGACGCUGAACGACGAGGGGAGCACCGAAAGUCCAAAGGAGGAAAGUCAUCUUAAAGCCAAUGGGGUAGAGGAGCCUUCUUCACUUUCACUACAAGAAAACACCGCCAGCAGCUCGAUGGCCAAUAUACCCACUUUGAAAUGCAAUAUUUGCCAAUUUACGCAUGACGACGCGAAGCAGCUAAGACGUCAUUACAAAAGUAUUCACAAAAUAUCCAUGGCCGAAGACGACAUAAUUGGCCUAAGCAAAAAUCAAAACUUCAAGUGCCGACCGUGCAAUAGUUAUGAGACGAAAGACAGAAGCGAAAUGCAGAAGCAUCUCAUCGACCACCAUAAAAUAGACGGUGACUUUGAAAUGUACUGCUACAUGCAGGCCAACUGUCCGGCUUGCGACAGGAUCUUCAAGGAUCAGCGUUCGGCCAGAAAGCACUACACCAGAGUGCACACUCCUGUGCCGGUGGUGGUGCCGCCGACGGAGACGUUUGCCUGCAAGGAGUGCGACAAGGUGUUCAACCAGAAGGCCGGUCUGCACAGCCACCAGCGCUUUUGCCUGUUCAAGAAUGUCGUGCACUGCACCUUCUGCGACCAGGAGUUCAGCAGCAUGCGGAAGUACGAGCUGCAUCUGCAGCAGCUGCACGCAGUGGAAACGUUGCACGAGUGCGAGAUCUGUCGCAGGAGCUUCAAGAGCGCCGACACCCUGACCACGCAUCGCAAGCGGCACUCGGAGCGGCACUUCCAGUGCGACAAGUGCUCCCUGAACUAUGUAAACUCGGCGGAGCUGCGGGUGCACUACGAACGGGCCCACGUGAGCGAGGAGCCGGUGAGCUGCCUCACCUGUGGCAGCCAGUUCCAAAACGCGGCCCUGAUGCGCGAGCACGAGCAGAGGAGUCACCAGAAGCCGAAGGUCUGGCGCUGCGAGGUGUGCAACUUUGAGGCGAAGAGCAGGUGGCACAGGCGGCAGCAUCAGUACGAGCACAUGGAGUGCCCGUACAAGUGUCAGAGCUGCGCCAGCGAGUUUGCCGAUCGCACCAAAUUUCGGCAACAUUCCAAAAAGGUGCAUGGCACCGAGCUGAGCGACGAGCAGCUGGCCGAGAUGUUCCGCGAGAAGAAGGGCUACACCAAUCGGCACGAUGCAUUCAACAGGUCGAACAACUCGCUGGAGAUACCGGGCUUCACGGAGGACUGCUUCACCGAGCUGACCAGCCUGGGCGUAGACUAUGACGACAUAACCACUGACCUUUUUGCCGGCUCCACAGCGCUGGACAACCUGCUCAAUUUGAUACCCUAAGAACCCACCGCCGAUCCAUCUACCUGCAUAGAAUUUACAAAAUCGAACGGCACGAUGAGAGCUGGAAGACUGGACUGCACUUUACAAAUCACCCCAACCGACAUAGCAUUUUACCCACAUAUUUUAGCUUCAGUUUGAACAACUUUUUUG